AUGGAUCGUCUCAAUCAACAUCCAGACAAAUAUGAGCUAGAUAUCGACUAUCCCACUGACUCUCACAGUCAUGAAUCUGAUGAUACAAUUGAGGAAAUCGACACUCUAGAACUCACCCGCAUCAACACAUAUCGACUCCAACAGAAAACAACUGUAGGCUCUACAAGAGGGCCUACUCCCCGUGAUAAAUGGCUUCCUAUGGGUGCCAACAAAGAUUACCCACCUCUGUUGCCGGAUUCGGAAGGCUAUGUCGUAGAGUUCGAUGGAGCCAAUGAUCCUUUACAUCCAUACAAUUGGUCUACACCUCGGCGAAUAAUGCUAGUAUGCAUCCUAUGCUAUGGUACUUUCGCCGGAUCGUUUACCAGCGCUGUCUUCUCGGCAGCUAUUUCCGGCUUCAGCCAAGAGUUUAACACAAGCGCCGAAGUGGGCUCACUUGCAGUGACACUUUAUGUCCUUGGAUUCGCAGCCGGGCCAACAAUUUGGGCACCGGGAUCAGAGCUGAUCGGCAGACGUUGGCCGCUAUCUCUCGGACUUUUCGGAUGUGCUAUCUUCACCAUAGCAUGUGCAGUUGCCAAAGAUAUCCAGACCAUCAUGAUCUGUCGUUUCUUUGCUGGUCUGUUCUCGGCCAGCCCCAUUUCAGUCGUCCCCGCUGUGUUUGCAGACUUGUUCAACAAUACCCAACGGGGUGCCGUGAUGUCGAUUUUCUGCAUGGCGGUGUUUAUCGGGCCCUUUUCGGCACCGUUUGUGGGUGGCUUCAUUGCAAUGAGCCCUCUGGGCUGGCGAUGGACCAUGUAUAUCUCUGCAAUGAUGGUGUUCCUAGGGUUUGUUCUUGUCUUUGCCUUCCUCGAUGAGACUUAUGCUCCGGUCAUCCUUGUCCGCAAGGCAGCUACUUUACGUCGUCAGACUCGCAAUUGGGGCAUCCAUGCAAAGCAAGAUGAAGUGGAAGUGGAUCUUAAGGAGCUUCUGCGGAACAACUUUGCCCGGCCCAUUGUGAUGUUGAUCACGGAGCCCAUACUGCUUCUGGUCUCAUUGUACAUCUCCUUCAUCUAUGGCCUCAUCUAUGCCUUGUUAGGCGCAUACCCUGUUGUCUUCCAAGGUGUUUACGGAAUGAGUAUGGGCGUCGGCGGACUUGCAUUUAUUGGCAUUAUCAUCGGUGAACUCCUUGGCGGCGUCUAUAUCCUCCUGAUACAGGGUUCGUAUAAGACGAAGCUGGCAGCAAAUGGUGACAAGCCUAUUCCCGAAUGGCGCCUCCCAGCAGCGAUUAUAGGAGCUGUGGCAUUUGCGGGGGGGAUGUUUUGGUUCGGCUGGACCGGAUACACUUCAUCCAUUCACUGGAUGGCUCCUGUAGCUUCAGGGCUACUGACCGGAGCCGGGAUCUUCUUGAUCUUCCUGCAGUGCUUCAAUUAUAUCGUUGACUGCUAUCCUACCUUGGCUGCCUCGACUAUUGCUGCGAACACGAUCUUACGCUCAGCUGUUGGCUGCUCGUUCCCACUUUUCUCGAAGCAGAUGAUGGAGAACCUAGGAGUUCAAUGGGCGGGCACCAUGCUUGGAUGUAUUGCAAUCGUGAUGAUUCCUAUUCCUGUUCUGUUCAAGGUAUACGGUCCAUGGCUGCGAACGAGAAGUAAAUUGGCAUGCUCGCCCGUUUAUGAUGUUGAAAAGAAACCUUAUGAUGUCUGA